AUGACCGGGGGCCGAUCAAACGCGACGCUGCUGAAGGGGCGCAUUGAAAACAAAAUCCUGUACUCUCCGUACCCGAAGCUGAAAAUUCCAGUGUGUUCCGUGUACACCUGCGUCAAAUCGUUCCUCAGCGUUGCCGGCAACCGGAUUGUGGCGGUGGACUACACCACCAGUUAUACCCGCCAAGAGCUUCUUCGUGCGUUGGAGCGGUAUGCUGCGGGCUUCCAGUCUCAAGGAUUGAAAAUGGGCGACCACGUCUGUGUACACAUGAGGAACUCAGUCGACGCGUUCGUCACUGUGUUCAGCCUCAUCUUCGCAGGCGCUACCACCGUGCUGGCAAAAACAUCGCUCACGCACCGAGAGCUGCUGUACCAGAUGACCGAUGGAGAUGCGAAGUAUAUUGUGACCGACCCGCCGAAUGCGGAUAAAGUGCGCAAGGUGUGCGACGAAAUGAAGAUGCCCGAGAAGGCCCGCUUCAUACUGGGCGAAGCACCCGGCUUCACUUCAAUUUUGGGCUUCGCGCUCAUGGACCCGAAGCAGUUCCGUGAAGUACCUGUGCCUGACCCCCGGAACACAAUUGCGGGCAUCAGCUACACCUCGGGCACCACGGGCCUGCCCAAGGGUGUCGAGAUCACGCACUUCUCCUUCAUCGCAAACAUUGUGCUCUCCAAAGACAUCACGGCAUCUGACGAGACGGAUGUGUUCCUCGCGUGGAACCCAAUCACGCACAUGUCCGGCUUCUUGUUCACCAUGCUUGGGAUCUGCAUCGGCUCCACAUGUGUCAUCGUCUCGCCUGCGCUAACCUUCAACCAAUUCGUCGACGUCUGCAACAAGUACCAGGUAUCAUCGGUGUUCAGCUUCGCGAGCCGACUGCAAAACCUCGUGAACGAGAUGCUUCGCACGAACAUAAAGCUGGAGCAGGUUCGCAAGCUGUCCGUCGGUGGUAGCCUGGUGACCGAGACACUGGCCCGCAGAGCCAUUCAAGCGUUUCCCAUGCUUCACAACUUUCGAAACUUUUACGGCAUGACCGAAACCUGCGGCCUCAUCGCAAAUCCGGGCCAGGAUGAGAUCGACUUUGUAGACCUCGGAGUACCCACGCCGAAUGUUGAGAUCAUGAUCUUGAACAAGAGUAAUGGACAACUGAUGGGGCCUAACGAACCUGGUGAGCUGCUGUACCGUACGCCAUCGAUUAUGCGUGGCUACUACAAAAGACCAAAGGAAACUGCGGAAAUUCUUUUGAAAGACGGUUGGUGCAGUUCAGGGGACAUGAUCUACUACGAUCACAACGGCCGCCUCCAUUACUUGGAGCGCCUGAAGGAUAUGAUCAAGUGCAUGGACAACCAGGUGGUGCCAGCCGAGGUGGAAAACUUGAUCCUGAGCAUGUGCCCGGCCGUGGCCGAAGUGUGCGUCCUGGGUCUGCCGCAUCCGGAGUAUGGAGAGGCGGCCGCCGCUUUUGUCGUUCUUCAUGAACAUCACAAGGGCGAGGUCACCGAGGACGACAUCAAAAAGAUCGUUGCAGACAACCUGUCCAAGCAGAAGCACCUCUACGGGGGCGUCUACUUCCCUCCCUCCCUGCCACGCACCGACACCGGCAAGGUGCGAAAGAACGAGAUACGCAAGAAUCCCGCCUACUUCGAAGCACAAGCGUGA